AUACCUGAAGGAGUGCAUCUACUGGUUCAGCUGAAAAAUUAUCUCUAUUAGGUUUUUGCGUUCGGGUUUGCGUGUCACUCGUCCUUGGUAUGCUCAAUCCAUCUUGGCUGCUCUGCUUGCCUACUUCUCCUCUUCAAUUCAGCAGGUUAUGCGAUCUCCUGUGUUGACGCGUCCCGAUCUCCUGCUUUGUUGCAUCUCUGUUCUGCUCCUCGAGGGAAAGUUAUUUUGCGACCUGAAGAUAUGAUUUAUAGGCUUACCUCGAUAUCUCAGGAGUUGACACUGAUUUGGUUCAGCCAGAAAAGUAUUUGCAUGGGUUCUUCUUUCUUCUGCAGCUUAUAAUGAUGCUAUGGUGCUACUUUAUGGUUGUUUUUACGAAUCCUGGAGCUGUACCAGGAAACUGGAGACAUGCUGCUGAAGAGGAUGGUAUGUAUCCGAACAACAGUAGCACCAUAUCAGAUAAUGUUGCUACAGAUUGUGCGAAUCGUCCAUCCACUUCAGAGGAGCAAGGACAUGCGCCUAGAUAUUGCUCUCGUUGUCAAAAUGCCAAACCUCCACGUUGCCAUCACUGUUCUGUCUUGGUUUGGAGACGCUGAGAAGCUCACCAAAGCCCUUUUCUCGUUUGCAAGUCGGCUAGCUCCUGUUAUCAUAUUUGUGGAUGAGGUUGACAGCUUACUUGGUGCAAGGGGUGGUGCAAUGGAACAUGAAGCAACGAGAAGCAUGCGCAAUGAAUUUAUGGCAGCUUGGGAUGGUCUAAGGUCCAAAGAUAGUCAAAGGAUCCUUAUUCUUGGUGCAACAAAUCAUCUGUUCGAUCUAGAUGACGCUGUAAUACGGCGUUUGCCUAGGAGGAUAUACGCCGACCUUCUGGAUGCGCAGAAUAGGAUGAAAAUUCUCAAGAUUUUACUUGCCAAAGAAAACCUAGAAUCUGAAUUUGGAUUCGACGAACUAGCCAAUGCAACAGAAGGUUACUCUCGGAGUGAUUUGAAGGUAUCAUGCUCAAGUCAUCCUCGGAGUGAUUUGAAGAACCUAUGUGUAGCUGCAGCGUACAUGCCAGUUCAUGAACUGCUAGAAGAAGAAAAGAAGGGGUCUGCGGGCAGUACGGAAACUUCUUUAAGGUCCUUAAAGCUGGAUGACUUUGUCCAAGCGAAAGCCAAGGUGAGCCCGUCCGUUGCUUUCGACGCCACGAGCAUGAACGAGCUAAGAAAAUGGAACGAACAGUACGGCGAAGGCGGCAGCAGGAGCAAGUCGCCGUUCGGGUUCGGCACCUAACAUGAUUCCGAUAACGAUUUUGCCACUGUAUCACUUGCAGUACCAAAUGUGCCCUGAUUUAGCCAUAGGGAGUCAGAUCAGCGAUGGCGCUAUUCCUUUUCAGCUUCGAUGCCGGCCCUUUUGCCUGUAGCGGCCACUCUGCUCCUUCCUCCGGUUUUUGGUACUCACCUAGAGCCUCUUCGAGCGGUGCUAUGGUGGCCCUGUAUCGAUAGGCAGACGCCUGACGAACACCGAAGUUUCCUGAGCCACAGCAACUGGGUCGCCUGUUUCUAAUGUUGUACUGUUGCCGUGUCCCAGCGGAGGCCUGACCAAACUGUACAUAGGUACAUGAAUUUUGUACCAAAAACAGCCGACAGUGUAUCGUCUGAAAUAAAUCACAUGUUCAUGAUUUGAUUUGA